GUCGUUGGAACCUUCAGCUGUCAAGACUUUGGCCACCCUAAAAGUGCAGGUUUUGUUAGCAAACUAACUCGAACUGUACAUCCCGAGCCGACGUUAUUUAAAGUUGUGCAUUCAUCUGCUAAUCGAUCUUUGAACGCGCAAGCUGGUGAUUGAAGCACUAAAAUUGCACGAAGACGAACCGUUUAGUUUUAAUCGCUGCUAGUUUUUGCACAAGCCAGCGAUCCUGAGCGGGUGUAAGGCUAGAUGCAGGGAGGGAGGGAGUAAAAAAAGGCAAAAGUCUUUGUGCUUCCCUUCCCCCUCAUCAAAGCAAAGGGGAAAUGUCUCUGUCUAAAGGAGGGAAGAAGAAGAACCCUGGGCUGAAGCUGGCCAAAGAAGUGUUUGCACAGCCCACACCAGCAGCAGCAGCGCCUCCUCGAGAUCUUGACUCGAAAGCUUACGUCACAAUUGGAGAUCAGAACUUUGUGGUGAAGGCCGAUGACUUGGAGCAGAUUGAAGAGCUGGGCAGGGGAGCGUACGGGGUGGUGGACAAGAUGAAACAUGUGCCCAGUGGUGUAAUCAUGGCUGUCAAGAGGAUUCGUGCCACUGUCAACACUCUGGAGCAGAAGAGGCUUCUGAUGGACUUGGACAUUUCCAUGAGGACAGUGGACUGCUUCUUCACUGUCACCUUCUAUGGCGCCCUCUUCAGAGAGGGUGACGUUUGGAUCUGUAUGGAGCUGAUGGACACAUCUCUGGAUAAGUUCUACAAGAAGGUCAUUGAGAAAGGCAAAAACAUCCCUGAGGACAUCUUGGGCAAGAUCACUGUAGCAAUUGUCAAGGCAUUAGAGCAUCUGCACAGUAACCUGUCAGUGAUACACAGAGAUGUGAAGCCCUCUAAUGUUCUGAUCAACACUGAGGGCCAAGUGAAAAUGUGUGACUUUGGCAUCAGUGGCCAUCUGGUGGACUCUGUGGCUAAAACAAUGGAUGCAGGCUGCAAGCCCUACAUGGCGCCUGAGCGGAUCAACCCCGACCUCAACCAGAAAGGCUACAGUGUCAAGUCAGACAUCUGGAGUCUUGGUAUCACAAUGAUUGAGCUGGCCAUUUUGAAAUUCCCCUACGACUCAUGGGGCACCCCGUUCCAGCAGCUCAAACAGGUGGUGGACGAGCCGUCUCCACAGUUGCCCGCCGACCGUUUCUCCCCAGAGUUUGUAGACUUCAUCUCCCAGUGCUUAAGAAAGAAGCCAAAUGAGCGACCAGCUUAUACAGAAUUAAUGCAACAUCCGUUUUUCACCGUGCAUGACUCCAAAGACACAGACGUGGCCAGUUUUGUCAAGGUCAUCCUGGACGAGUGAUGGGCUCCCUCCUGGCCCCGGCCCAUCGGGGUAGGCGGGACCUCUCAGCAAACAAACCAAUGGCCUACCUUUUUUUUUUUUUUUUAAACUCACUGGAAUGACAGACUCUCAUGCACCCACACACAACAGGGGGAUGACCCAAAGAGCCCACCAGCACUGGAGUGGGACAGUGGUGGUAAUAUGAACUUGUACGGUCAAAAACCAACUGGAGAGGUUUAUUUCGCUCCUCAAAGCUUCCUGUGUGUGCAAUUAUUCAACAUGACAAAUAUGAACUGAACCAGAUUUUUUUUUAUUUUUUUUUUUUCUUGUUCUUUUUUGCCCCACUGCCCCUUUUCUAUCUCUCUCCUCAGAAUGGACAGAGCCAGCCAUCAUUUCUUUGUGACACAUAUUGUAUGAAUACUUUGAAUUUCAUCUGCAAAACCAACAGUUUAUGUUAUUGUGUAUUGAAGGCUGUAUUUGCAUAUGAGUUUGUAUUUUUUUCUCAUUAUACAGAGUUUUGAUACUUUAUAUCGUCAACAAGUGUGAAUUUUACCGAACUAGGGCCUUAUUUGUCAGUUGGCAUCAGGUGAACACUUUGACCUGGUUCUGCCCUGAGGUGAUUGGUCAGUGCAGGGGCUGCAGUUGCCAUGGGCCGGGUCGCGGGAGGCUCCAGAGCUGAGACAAAACAUGUAAGAAAUGUCAAAGGUCACAUUCUGGACCAGAGUUGCAAGUCAUUUCUAGAUCUCUUGGUGGCGUGACGCAGGAAUGUAAAACGUCCCAUAUCAUCUGAUCCGAUCGUGAUCCGAGCUGACGACCUUCAUGCAGUGACCCCUCUGUACUCGUCGUCUUCUUUCUUGGGUAUUAAUGAGUCGGCUUCAGCGCUGCCAUUGUUACUUUCUGAAAGUAUUCAGGGGUUGCCUUUUCUCUUUCUGUGUGCCAUUUUUGCGAAUCGUUCUCAUGAAUUACUGCAUUAAUUGUGUUUUUUCUUUUCUUUUUGGACGUGUUCUGGCCUGCAUUUUGAUUUUAUUUCAGCAGCAUUUAAACUCAUACAUUUGCCUACAGUUUCCAAUUCUGGAGUCAGCAUAGUCUUUUCAUACGAGGCACUUAUGUAUGUUUGUUUUUUCCAGAGACCUUAUUAUGCAUUACACAGGCAGUAUGUUAGGGAAAUAAUUUAUGUGUUGAAGAUGUAAAUACUCUCCUUUUUUAAUGUAAUAUGGCACUGUCCUAACUUGGCAGUGCAGAUGAGUGGUAGUUGUUGGUAGUAGUUAGUUUUAAUGCAGUGUGACACGCAUACACAAACACUUGUACUCACAGGGCCAGCUGACUAUUGUACACCUAUUUUGGACUGAUGUGCUGUCAGGCUCCACCGCUCAGGUUUCUGCGCCCUCCUUCAUGCGGAGACGGCCCCAUUUAUUAUUCCCCAGGUUGUACUCUCCUUGAGUGCCGGACCGAGAGCCUGUUUUCAGUCUAUGGUGGGCAUCCAUUAUCUCUUCUGUCUGAACAUACUAUGCAGAGCCCCUUCACCUUGGAUACUCAGCAAGAGGCCCUUGCCAUGUGGCAGUUUCCCCACUCCCAAGUGUUCACAGACUGUGAUUGUGAUGAUGGCGAUGAUGGUAAUGACUGCAAUGCCUCAGUUCAUGGCUAACACUCAUCGCAUCUGGUUUACACUGUAGUGCAACCUUUAUCAAAAGUCAGUGAGUUAGGAGUAUUUAUGAUUGUGAAAAAUAAGGGAAAGCUUGCAACAUCACAAAGAAGCUGCUAUUUUUUCCCCCCUUUUUUUGUUUUUAGUCAGCCUUCUUUGAUGGCCAUUCCCUUGGUGUGUGUAUAAGUGAGUUUUACGCGGAUCACAAUGAGAAUGGAACACUUGCUCUACCUCUUACUCCUUCACUCUAUUUGCCACCUUUUCAUUGGGUGGGACUGACAAACUUGAACUGUGGAAAGACAAAAAAAUAAAGGCUUUAUUGUUCAGUA